AGAAGCAGAAGCAGAAAGAGCAGCCCCCCUCAGUCAUGGAGCAGACAGUCACACAGCAACCAAGACUGUCAUUGAGCAAACGCCCAUCAUCAGAUUUCCAGUAUCAGAAAAUGGCAGAGUUCAUCCCAGAAAAUGAGGACAGCUGGAGGUCAGAGGUCAUUCCCGCAGUGUCAGACCUGGUCCUGACUCAGCCGGGACUGGGCGUCACCACGACAACCGUCACCACAAUCACACAGACUGGUGGAGACUGGAGCACCGGGCUGUUUGACAUCUGUAGUGAGAGGAACAUAGGUAUUCUUGGAGCGUUGGUGCCUUGCUGUUUAGACCUAAGUUUGGCACACCAGUUUGGAGAGAGUUUCUGCCUGCCGCUCCUGCCCGGCUCCACGUUCGCGCUGAGAGUUGGAAUCAGGGAAAGGUACAAAAUCCAGGGCAACGUCUGUGAUGACUGGCUCACCGUGUGCUGCUGUUACCCGCUGGCCUUGUGUCAGAUGAAGAGAGAGAUGACGAAGAGGAUGAAGACGAAGAGCUACCACGUGAUCACAGCUCUGGACUGCUCCUGAAGCAACUCGAAAUAAAACCAGGGAUAGUUCAG